UGCUCUCGGGCCCGGGGCCCGCCCGCCUCCCGCCGGCGCUCCCGGCCUUUCCCAUCCGGCCCGCGACGCUCCGCCCGCCCCGUCCCACAUGACACCGCCUCCGCCGCAAACUUUUUCCUCCCCAUCCUGUCGCGGCUCGAAAGGAAUGGAAAAUGGCGGCCUAGGCGCGGAGUUUCCUGGCCCGGCGGCGGCGGCUCUCGCGGCGGCGCCAUGACGCGCUGGGUGCCCACCAAGAGAGAGGAGAAAUACGGCGUGGCUUUUUAUAACUACGAUGCCAGGGGAGCGGAUGAACUUUCUCUACAAAUAGGAGACACUGUGCACAUCUUAGAAACAUAUGAAGGGUGGUACAGAGGUUACACCUUGAGAAAAAAGUCUAAGAAGGGUAUAUUUCCUGCUUCGUAUAUUCAUCUUAAAGAAGCCAUAGUUGAAGGCAAAGGGCAACAUGAAACGGUCAUCCCGGGCGACCUCCCGCUCAUACAGGAAGUCACCACGACGCUCCGAGAGUGGUCCACCAUCUGGAGGCAGCUCUACGUGCAAGACAACAGGGAGAUGUUUCGAAGCGUGCGGCACAUGAUCUAUGACCUUAUCGAAUGGCGAUCGCAGAUUCUUUCUGGAACUCUGCCGCAGGAUGAGCUCAAAGAACUGAAGAAGAAGGUCACUGCCAAAAUCGAUUAUGGAAACAGAAUUCUUGAUCUGGACUUGGUGGUGAGAGAUGAAGAUGGGAACAUUUUGGAUCCAGAACUAACUAGCACGAUUAGUCUCUUUAGAGCUCAUGAAAUCGCUUCUAAACAAGUGGAGGAAAGAUUGCAAGAAGAAAAGUCCCAAAAGCAGAACAUAGAUAUUAACAGACAAGCUAAGUUUGCCUCCACCCCUUCUCUGGCCUUGUUUGUCAACCUCAAAAAUGUGGUUUGUAAAAUUGGAGAAGAUGCUGAAGUGCUGAUGUCUCUUUAUGACCCUGUGGAGUCCAAAUUCAUCAGUGAAAACUACCUGGUUCGCUGGUCAAGUUCAGGAUUGCCUAAAGACAUAGACAGAUUACAUAAUUUGCGAGCUGUUUUUACUGACCUCGGAAGCAAAGACCUGAAAAGGGACAAAAUCAGUUUCGUUUGUCAGAUCGUACGAGUGGGUCGCAUGGAGCUGAGGGACAACAAUACCAGGAAACUGACCUCGGGCCUGCGGCGGCCUUUCGGCGUGGCUGUGAUGGAUGUAACAGAUAUAAUAAAUGGAAAAGUAGAUGAUGAAGAUAAGCAGCAUUUCAUCCCCUUUCAGCCGCUCGCGUUGGACGACGCCAUUCGACACAAGCCGCUGAACAUGUCAUCCCGUUUUUCACCCAGGGUGGCAGGGGAGAAUGACUUCCUUCAGACUGUUAUAAACAAAGUCAUUGCUGCCAAAGAAGUCAACCACAAGGGCCAGGGUUUGUGGGUAACAUUGAAAUUACUUCCUGGAGAUAUCCAUCAGAUUAGAAAAGAAUUUCCUCAUUUAGUGGACAGGACCACAGCAGUGGCUCGGAAGACGGGGUUUCCGGAGAUAAUCAUGCCUGGUGACGUUCGAAAUGAUAUCUACGUAACUUUAGUUCAAGGCGAUUUUGAUAAAGGAAGCAAGACGACAGCGAAGAAUGUGGAGGUUACCGUGUCUGUUUAUGACGAGGACGGAAAACGGUUGGAGCAUGUGAUUUUCCCGGGUGCCGGCGACGAAGGGAUUUCAGAGUACAAGUCUGUGAUUUACUACCAAGUCAAGCAGCCGCGUUGGUUUGAGACCGUUAAGGUGGCCAUUCCCAUUGAGGAUGUCAACCGCAGUCACCUUCGGUUUACCUUCCGCCACAGAUCGUCACAGGACUCCAAGGAUAAAUCUGAGAAAAUAUUUGCACUAGCAUUUGUAAAGCUGAUGAGAUACGAUGGGACCACUCUGAGGGACGGGGAGCAUGAUCUCAUCGUCUACAAGGCGGAGGCAAAGAAGCUGGAGGACGCCGCGACGUACCUAAGCCUGCCCUCCACGAAGGCGGAGCUGGAAGAAAAGGCGCACUCUGCCACGGGCAGGAGCAUGCAGAGUCUUGGAAGCUGCACCAUCAGCAAAGAUUCCUUCCAGAUCUCAACACUGGUGUGUUCCACGAAACUUACCCAGAACGUGGACCUGCUGGGGCUGCUCAAGUGGCGCUCCAACACCAGCUUGCUGCAGCAGAACUUGAGGCAGCUGAUGAAGGUCGAUGGUGGCGAAGUGGUGAAGUUCCUCCAGGACACCUUGGAUGCCCUCUUCAACAUCAUGAUGGAGAACUCCGAGAGCGAGACCUUCGAUACGUUAGUGUUUGACGCUCUGGUAUUUAUCAUUGGACUAAUUGCUGAUAGAAAAUUUCAACAUUUUAAUCCUGUUCUGGAAACCUACAUUAAGAAACACUUUAGUGCAACAUUAGCCUACACGAAGCUGACAAAAGUUUUAAGAAACUAUGUGGACAAUGCGGAAAAGCCGGGAAUAAAUGACCAGCUGUACAAAGCUAUGAAGGCUUUGGAGUACAUCUUCAAGUUCAUCGUGCGCUCCAGGAUCCUGUUCAAUCAACUGUACGAAGACAAAGGAGAGGCCGACUUCAUGGAGUCCCUGCUACAGCUCUUCCGAUCCAUCAGCGACAUGAUGAGGGGCGAGUCGGACCAGACCGUCCGGGUGAAGGGGGCAGCGUUGAAAUACUUGCCAACCAUUGUCAACGAUGUGAAAUUGGUGUUCGAUCCCAAAGAGCUCAGCAAAAUGUUUACUGAUUUCAUCCUAAAUGUUCCCAUGGGUUUGCUGACCAUUCAGAAGCUGUACUGCUUGAUUGAAAUCAUUCACAGUGACCUCUUCACACAGCAUGACUGCAGAGAGAUCCUGCUUCCCAUGAUGACGGAUCAGCUCAAGUACCAUCUGGAGAGACAAGAAGACCUGGAGGCCUGCUGCCACCUGCUCAGCAACAUUUUGGAGGUUCUGUACAGGAAGGAUGUGGGGCCAACUCAGAGGCAUGUCCAGAUAAUCAUGGAGAAGCUUCUGCGGACAGUGAACCGAACUGUCAUUUCCAUGGGGCGGGAUUCCGAGCUCAUUGGAAACUUCGUGGCUUGUAUGACAGCUAUUUUACGACAGAUGGAAAAUUAUCAUUACGCCCAUUUGAUCAAGACUUUUGGAAAAAUGAGGACUGAUGUUGUUGAUUUCCUGAUGGAAACAUUCAUCAUGUUUAAGAACCUCAUUGGGAAGAACGUCUACCCUUUCGACUGGGUGAUAAUGAACAUGAUGCAGAAUAAAUAUCGAAAUUGGAAAUAUUUCUCUUGACUUAAAAGCAUCUUGUACACACCUGUUUUUGCACUUGGGAUGAUGAGCCUGCUGACGAUCUGAAAUUCCUUCAGGGGCCUGGGUCAUUGUACUGAUGACCGUUUUCAGUGCAUCCUGAAAAGAAGAAAAGGCAGACCACAGAAAUGCUCUCCUUGGGACUGAGAACGUUUCGAGGUGGUGACAUUGUGGGUAUGGGUGUGUGUUUGCCUUGAUAGACCAUUUUUCUCACAAUGAGCCAAAGGAAGGAAACAAGAAUGACAAAAGGCCCAAGCUGACAGCCACUUAGAAAUGAAUGAUGGUUCCUCGCGGGGGGUUCUGGACGAGCUGUGGACAAGCUUUGCCUGCUGACUUCUGAGAUGAACAUCACACUGGUGUUGGGGAAAGUCCAAAACAUUUUUAGCAACUUACAUUAUACAUGAGUUUCGUUCAGUUGUGAGUUAUUCUGAAUGCUCUCUGGCCCCAAAGCUGCUGCCCCUGUAAGUAAUUUUGAGUACAUGUGUAUAUGUAGGCAAAGCCACAUGUUUUCUGUCUCCGUUAGGUUUCUGUUGAAAACUAGGAAUCACGAUGUGACAAAAUCCCAUUACUCUCAAAUUGAGAGGGGCCACCUGGGCCACAGGAGGACCUCGAGGGAGGCUGGCUUUCGGUCUCCCUAUAUUCCUCUUGGAAAUGGCUAUGAGGGCAGGAACCUUGUCUGUCUCACGUGGAAGUUCCUGUAUGUGGGAGCCCUGGGCGGGCUCACCCCUCCUGGGACUGGCAGAGGGGCUCAGCACUGGCAUUUAUGAACACACACACACUAUACGGGCUUGUUGUGUUUAGAAGGCAUGUGCUGUGUCUCUACUUUGCGCGUUGGGGAUUCAGAGAUGAAAUAUUUGGGUUCUGCUUUUAAGACAGUUGCUACUCAGAUGGGCAGAUAGACCCAGGUAAGCAGUGUAGACAAUCGUGGUCAUGAUACAGUGAUUACAUAGUAUGUGAAGCAGGGAAGCAGGCCCUCCGUCCCCAACCAGUGGGUCCUGGGCUUACAGUUGUUCUGGGCCAGCUCUUUUUCCCUUAUGCUUGUAUGGUUAUCCACUUGGCACAGGGGAGAGCUGUCCCCUCAUCCAUGUGAGGACUGGGGUGGUGGUGGCAGGGAAUGUUGGCCAGGGAAAAAAAACUCUAAACGUACAUGUAGAUUCAUCCAUCAUGACAACCCUGUUCUCUAGCCUGCUAAAAGUAGAUGUGAAAUAGCCCACGGAAAUGAACCUGCUAUGGGCUGAAUUAAGCACCUUCCUCCCAAAUUCAUUUGUUGAAAUCCUAAUCCCCGAUACCUUCUGAAUGGGACUGUAUUUGGACAUAAGGCCUUUACAGUGAUAAUUACAGUUAAAAUGAGAUCAUUAGAGUGAACCCUAACCCAAUAUGAUGGAUGUCCUUUGGAGAGGAGUGGAUUAGGAUACAGGUGUUCACAGAGGGAAGAUCACAUGAGGACACAGGGAAAAGGCGGCCAUCCAUCCACACGCCAAAGAGAGAGGCCUCAGGAGAAACCAACCUGGCUGCCCCCCGAUCAUGAUUUCCAGCCUCCAGAACUGUGAAACAAGAAUGUGCUGUGUAAGCCCUUCCCGUGAUAGGACUUGGUCAUGGUGGCCCCAGCAGAUUGAUAGGGCGCCCUGUUAUCUUCAUCCGUUAUGAGGGCUGCCGCUGGAGUCCCAUGAUUGAAAUUCAGUGUGCCACGUGGCCUUCUGUGCCAGGCGCGGACAGGCGUUUGUGUGUCCUCUCUUGCUUAGAAUCUGGGGGAAAGGCCAAUGAUGGACUCUAUGGAUGCAAUGGUGAAACUCCAUGAUACUGGUUAGAAGGUAGGAGGCAGGUAUUGAAUUCUUGUUUUUAGAAAUCAAAAUCGUGUUGAAGACAGGUAGAAAAAGCCACCUGUGUUCUGUUUGGCUUUGUUUUUGAUUCAUUUGGAAUAGAGCAUUAAAAACUCAAAAGGCUUUGCUUCCUUUCUUCUUGCUGUUUCCUAUUUGAAAGUACUGUGUUUGGGUUGUUAUUUUUGUGAUACUUGGGCUUUUGUUUUUUUUUUUUUUUUGAACUGUUGGUGAUUUGGGCCAAGAAAGAUAGCAUUUUGCUCCAAAGGGCAGUGGUACCAAGAUAACUGAAGCUGGGCCUAGGGAACAGCAUCAUCCUCUAGAGAAACUGAAACAGAGAUGGGGAGCCGCUCUCCCCUCGCGUCCCCCCUCCCUGCAGCCCUACCCCGAAUGCACCUGCCUGGUGCACUUGCAGACGGACUUGGAAACCAAGAACAAAGACCCCUGACCACCCCUGGCUAGCCAUGAAAACCAUGUCGGCAUGGAACGUAGAAAUUCCCCUUAAAUAAUGAAAUGUGUUCUCUUAAAUCCUGUUCCCUGCUGUCAUUAGCUAAAACGAGCUGAUGCUUCUAUGUACAUUCUUGUAUCCUUUUCCUGGAUGAUUUCCCAACAUUUGACAGACCUUAGUAAAGCUAUUUUGAGACUUUGCUGACAGUUUUUCUGGGCCCACACUAUGUAUUUCAGCCAUUUCAGUCUUAACUCUGUGACCUCAUUAAAUGUGUAUUUUUGUAUGAGCCUGUGGGUAUGGGUACAGUGACACACACUGUGUUCUUAUUCAAGAAUCCCAAGUUAAAAACAACCCUGCUCUUUAACUGCACUCUCUGUGCAUCUGAGUUUGGCCCCCGAGAGAAAGGCUUGGUCCACUACAACCUUCUUACAAAAAAAGCAUGGAAACGAUGUGUGUGUGUGUUUUUUCCCUACAAUUUCUAAAAUUUCCUAUAAUAUGGAACCCUUUGAUCUGUUGAAAUCAUACAGCUUUUUCUCUCUUCAGUUGCCUUGCCAUGUUCACAGAGGUAAUUGUCAAACAUCCAACCCGGAUCCAGGCGUCUUGAUCCGUACGCAGGGUACUGAUCCCCUGAUGUAACUAAUAAAUUAAGAAAGUGACAGUGUGUUCUGGAGAAUGCAUGUUGUCCAGGGUAGGAGCUCUGGAUUCUAGAUCAAGCUCACUCAUCGGUGAUGUCAAGAAGGUAAUUCACUCAAACCACCUUGUGCUGCGCCUUCCGGGUUGGCCGUUUAACACGAUAACCUGUCUCAGAGCCAUCUCAUGGGGUUUGGACAGUUGGAGUGAUGAAUCUUGCACGAAGCCUUGCAAACUCUGGAACGUGCCUGCAGAUUCUGCGUGCCUCUCACAUGCGGCUGGGGGUGCCUUUCCUGCUCCGCAUGUUACUGCAGGACGCCUGAGUUCUUACGUGGACACCUCAAGGUGUUUGAACAACAGCGGCCACCCUGCGGAGACGCACUCAGUGGUCACCACCAGCAGAGUUGGCUGCCGUUCUAGCACCCGCAGGCUCUGCCUUGGCUGUCAGACGAUGAGGAGCACAGCAGCCUUCGAGCCGUUAGACUGAAGGCAGACAGGAUCUCUAACUUGCCUCAGUAUCUGGGGCAAGGACCCCACUCAGCGGUUUGUAACCUUGCUCUUCUCCCACCUUCAAGUAGAAAUGUACAUAAGGACACAACUGGAAACUGACUCACUAAAUUCAACGGCAUUCAGAUUUUACAUAAACGAGCUUGGGGAUCGUUUGCAUGGCAACGUUUGUUCAUUCUUGCUCUGCUCAAGUGUUUCCUGCAUGCCUACUAAUGGACCGCGCGGAGCGCUAGCUGCUGGGGAUGAACGUGAGCAAAAGCAGAGGUGGAGCCUACAGGCAGGAAGCUGAGAGUCCCAGGGGAGACGCGGGACAUUGCUCAGACUACCAAAGGAGAGAGCAUCCACUGACUGACGCAGCCCAAGCACUCUGCCAGAGAGGCACAUGGGUCUGUAGGAGCGUGUUUGGGGGGACUAGCGGGUCUGAGAAGGCUGGGAAGGGAAACAGUUGGAAGGAGCUAGCCACGUGUUUCGGGGAAGGAAGCAGACGCCCUCCAGGGAGAGGGAACUCCCCUUGUGAGUGGGAAGGCACUGAGAAAAGGUCAGUGGAACCUAGUACUGCGUUCAUCCCAUCAGUUCACGUGUCAGGCCCCCAAGGCCACCUCUCAUCACCACUUUCCCUCCUACUCCUUCCAGCUACAAUGACGCUCACCAUGCUUUGGCCUCAACAUGGUGCUAUUCUCUCAUUUUGUAAGGUAUUUGACUAUUUGCAUACAUUUGUGCCAGGCCCUGUUGUAGACAUAGACAGCUAAUGUUGACUGAGACCAACGGGGCCCCUGCCUUCAUGGAGUUUGCCUUCUGCUUGGGCGACAGACAGCUCAGAUGACAAUCCAGCAAGCGUAGGACAAGUCUGCCUAGCAUCAGUGAUCUGAAACAGACAUGGCAAGGGCCGGAGAGUGCCUGCUGGUUGCGUUGCUCCUGGUGGGGAGGUGGGGAUACCUUCCUCGGAGGGUGGGCAUGGGUGUCCUCAACUGGGAUGCUGACAUGACCUUGCCAAGGGUUCCCCUCUCGGGCUCGCUCCUACCUGCCUCCUCUCCACCCACAAAACUCAAGCUUCCCCAGGGACAGGGGAGGGAGGAAAAGAGAACUAAGAAAUGAAAAGGGACAAAACCAACAGAGAUCGCCAAAAGCAUGUGGUGCGAACACUGAUCACAUCAGUAAGAAAAUUGUUUCCAUCCCUGAUUUGCUUUUCCUUUAAAUAGGACAUUCAGUCAUAGCUUCACCAUAAAAUUGAUUUAUUGUGUGGAAAUAAUUUCCGUAGCAGGGGAACUAAUUUGAUUGUGUAGCAUAAAGAAAAUGUAUGUGGGACAAUAGGGAAGAAUAGAGCCAAAAUGAAUCCAAUAUAUUUUAAUCUCUGCAAUACAGAUUAUAUUUUCAAUUAAGAAGCUCAACUUGCGUGUGUUCGGCUGGCGGGAGCUUCCCGGAGCACUUUCUGUGUGUGUUUAUGGGUAAUAAGUCGCUUAGCAUUAAGAAGGUAGACAAUCAUUAGCCCAUGAUCACCCAAUUGCUUCCGUUAAUAGCAAAGUCAAUGCGCAUCGUCGCCAUGGCCCCAUUCGGGUGUAAGAAGUGGAGAAUGGAACAGUUGUGUUGGCAAAUGUGAGAGAGCUAGACAGAACAAGGAAAUCCUCUCUUCCAUCCCCUUCCACCCCAGCAGUGCCUGGGUCCCUCUAAUCAUGGUCAGAGGGGAAGGUAGCCUUUGGAUCAUCACUGCCAGGCCCUCUGGAAGCGGACGGAGUACGGCCUUGUGUCUGUGUGGCUUUGUCUAAGGACCUAAGGAUCAUGGGCUUUGCAGCAGACUUUCGUCUUGGCUCCGUGGCUUGUUUCCACAUUUCUUGGUAUUGCUCACCACCUCUCAGCCUCCUGGACUCCUGGACUCCUAGGCAAAGGGGAAGUGAGGAUGCCAGCCCUGUCUGCUUUUCUCGGAUCCCGUUUAAUCUUAAGUCCAACCCACGAGGUGGAGCCAUCAUCGUUCAUAUUUUAUAGGCAGUAGAAUCGGACUUUUUUCUUAAAAUGUUUAUUUUAUUUGUUUUGAGAGAGAGAGAAAGAGAGAGCAAGCGGGGGAGGGGCGGAGAGCGAGAAUCCCAAGCAGGCUCUACGCGGUCACUGUGGAGCCUGACGCGGGGCUUGAACUCACGAACCGUGAGAUCCUGAGUUGCAGCCAAGAUCAAGAGUUGCAGCCACACAGGUGCCCCAAAUCAGGCUUUUUGUACAAGAGUAGAUAAGAGUAGAUAAGGCAACAGCCAGCACCCUCCUGUACCUAGCCUGAGCUCAUGGCUUCUCUUUCUGCCUCCAGGUAGGCGUCUACUGAGCAGAAGACUCUGGGGCCUGGCUCUGGAGACUCUCACUUUGACCACCUCCCCUCUUUAGCACAGACAUACGAUCGGGAGAAGUACAGCAAAGAAAUAAAGGGGUCAUUUAAAAAAAAAAAAAAAAAAAACAAGGAAU